AUGGGGCUGGAGCUUUUCUUGGACUUGUACUCGCCCCCCUGCCGCUCAGUCUACCUCUUUGCGCGCAGGAAUGCCAUCCCCUUCGAGCUGCGUUCAGUGGAGCUGAUGCGAGGUGAGCACCUCAAGCCAGAGUUUCUGGAGGUGAACCCGCUGGGAAAGGUGCCUGCCCUUAGGGAUGGUGACUUCAGGCUGGCUGAGAGCGUGGCCAUUCUCUCCUACUUGUGUCGCAAGUACAGUGCGCCCUCGCACUGGUACCCGCCGGACCUGCACACGCGCGCCCUUGUGGAUGAGUUCAUGGCCUGGCAUCACACAGCUAUUCGGCAGCCCAUGAACAGGAUGCUGUGGAUCAAGCUGCUGAUCCCGAUGAUCACAGGCGAGGAGGUACCAGCCGAGAAGAUGGAGAAGACCCUGGAGGAGGUGAACAACAGCCUCCAAAUGUUUGAGGAGAAGUUUCUUCAGAACAGGCUGUUCAUCACGGGGGACCACAUCUCACUGGCAGAUUUGGUGGCCUUGGUGGAGAUGAUGCAGCCCAUGGGGGGCAACCACAACGUUUUCCUCUACAGUUCCAAGCUGGCUGAGUGGCGCAUGCGUGUGGAGCUGACCAUCGGCUCAGGCCUCUUCAGGGAGGCACAUGACCGGCUAGUGAAGCUGGCCGAGUGGGACUGCUCGACACUUGAUCCUUCCGUCAAGGACAGGAUCUGUGAGUACCUGCAGAAGCUUAAGUGA